GUUCACCCCAUCCUCUUCUUCUUCUUCUUUUUCUCUCUUUCUUUCUUUUCUUCUCCCUCCACCAUGCAAUGUCAUCAUUAUACACAAAUCUGAUGAAGAAGUAUUAUAUCUCUACGGAUCUGAUGACUCCAAUCUAGAUCUUAGACAAAGAUGGAGAUGGCGACAUCCUGUAGUGAUGUCGGAGUAAAGAGCGGCAAUUGAAGGAAAAAUUCUUUUUUUUUUCUCUCACGGGAAACUCGCCCAAAAACACGGCAAAUCGAGAAACCCUAAAUAAAUUAACCCACAGUUCGUCCGGCGAAGACUCUGUUUGCUACCGAGCGCCACAUCUGUCUCUUCUAAGGAUCUUCGACUAGUCUACCUUCAUCGGCUACGAAUCUACGAUCCGGGUUCCAGAUGGGCGGCGGCGGCGGGAGUGGAGCUGUUGGGGGUGGCAUAGCGCUGCAGCAGCCACCGACAUCGGAAAUGGCUGAGGCGCUUUAUGCGGGGGCGAGGUUAUCGGUGUGGUGGGACAUAGAGAAUUGCCAAGUGCCCAAGACGUCCGAUCCUCACGCGAUCGCGCAGAACAUAAGCUCGGCGCUGGUCAAGUUAAACUACUGUGGGCCCGUCUCCAUCUCGGCCUAUGGUGAUACUACCAAGAUCUCGUAUUCGGUUCAGCAGGCUCUGAAUAGCACCGGAAUCGCCCUCAACCAUGUCCCCGCAGGUGUCAAAGAUGCUAGUGAUAAGAAGAUUUUAGUGGACAUGUUAUUCUGGGCAGUUGACAAUCCGGCACCUGCUAAUUAUUUGUUGAUAUCUGGGGAUCGAGAUUUUUCUAAUGCUCUCCACCAGUUGCGAAUGCGUAGAUACAACAUUCUUCUAGCACAACCUCAAAAAGCAUCCGCAGCACUUGUCGCUGCCGCAAAGACUGUAUGGCUUUGGACCAGUCUUUCAGACGGCGGCUUUCCUCUUAGCAACAGCGAAUCAAAACAAUUUGUAGAUAACAGCAAGGGAAGCCUUUCCAUUUGUGACACAUCAGCAACACCAGUAGUUAAUACUAGUCAGCUCAACCAGUCUGGUGAUACAGUAGAUGAAAGUGUCUACCCUGGGAGUCAGAAGUUUUCCAACUUAGGUAAGAGUCCAGACAGUAAAUGUAAAAUCAAACAAGUACGAAGAAACACGGCUCAACCUAUAAUUCCCCAAACGUCAAGUACCAUCGCGGGGCACCAAGAAGAUUACAAUAGCUUGAACUUUCAACAAUCACAUGGGUACACUAAGCAGUUUAAUGAUUUGUCAGAGUUAUCUAUGGCUCACAGUUCACGAAUUCCCUUUACUGGUCCUGGACCAGCUCCAAGUAUCAAUUACUAUGAACCUUCCCGGAUGAAUGGAAGUAACCCUUUGAGUUUGGGUCCUCAUCAAAAUUACUAUAGCCUACCAGUUAGGCCUAAUAUUUUGCCUAUGCAACCACCACAGCCACCCUAUCAUUUAUUACCACCUAAUCCAUAUGUGCGAGCUCCACAUAUGAUGACUCCUAUGCCUGAUAUACCCCAUAUGACCCCGGGUCCAUCCAGUUUACCUGACAUUGGUAAGCUAAAGGUUAGUGACAAUAGAAACAACCCCCCUUUUCGUCAACCAAAGAAUGGAGAGGUCAGGCAAACUUCCACAAUGAAUUCAUCUCGACACAUGAACACUAAUGGAUCUCAGAAAGGACAUAAGUUGAAAAAAAACCCAGCAGUUCACAAUGAGAAGGAAACAAACAGGUACCCACUUUCUAGGAAAGAGAUCCCUCAAGCACCCCCAUCUGCAAGUGGAAGCAGCGUAUUCAAUGGCAGUGUACGGGGGAACGCGACAGCCUCAAAUCCAUCUGACUAUGUUCAGAGUCUUAUAAGAGUUAUUUGUCUUGCACUGGAAACAUUAAAAAAUGAGAAAAUAAUGCCAACCGAAGCAAACAUUGUGGAUUGUAUUCGCUAUGGAGAAUCAAAUCACCAUGAUACUGAUGUCAAGAAAGCUCUUGAAAGUGCAGUUGAACACCAAACAGUAGUAAAGCAAAAUUUAGGUGCAUUGGAAUUAUAUGUUUUUAAGACAGAGAACUUGUGGAAGUGUGAAAAUCCUAUAAGUGAAAAACUAGACAAGUAUACAAAAGAAAUUUGGGAUGAAAUCCAGAAGUUUCUAUCAUCUCCUACUGGGAAAUCUGCUCUAUUGGCUACUCAAUGCAGGUAUGAAGCAGCUACUGUUAUAAAGAAAAUGUGCUUACAUAAGCUUGCUUUGGGUGAAAUACUUCAGAUCCUGCACAUGGUUAUCAAAACAAAGAAAUGGAUCAUACCUCAUAACUCAGGUUGGCAACCUAUCAGGAUUGCUCUUGCAGAGACUAACUCUGGUUCAGAGUUGGUAACUGCAACACAACUCUCUCAGUAACUGAUUAUUGAUGGGAAGGACUUCUAGGUAGUUUAUGGCUACAUCUCUAGAUUCUAGUAGCUGGAGGUGUAGUACGGUAAAACUUGGUCCUUUCCCCGUACCUUGUACAAGGUUAUUUAUAUAUUUUGAAUUGUUAAAUUAGGAAAUAGGUUAGGUGUAUAAUGUAUCGUCUGCUUUUGUUUCUUAUCUGUUAAGAGCUAUCUAGUCAAAGGUUCUUUAACAAAAGAAUCCACCAGAGGUUGUGGGUUUGCUUUUUGCACAACAUUUCUGAAGAUCAGAAUGUUCCCAUUUUGCUGUUGGGUCUUUGGCUCUCUCUAUCAUAGCCGUGAAAAUUGAACAUUGGCACUUGGUAGUGGGCACUUGGUGCUGCCAGUUUCAAUCCAAUUGAUCCAUAUCUACACAGCUUUGGCCUCUGCAAUAUACAUCAGUAAGUUACAAAUUAUCCUGAACUUUGAGUGAAAGAGCUCUUUGCACAGCAUGAAGUCUGGGAGAAUGAACUCUUUGCAGAACUUAUUUUGAGGAUGUAUUGUAGUUGGUUUCUCGAGUUCAUAGUUUGGAUCCCCUUUGAUGGUGGGUCUUUUAUUUCUCUUUCAUACCCUGGAACAUUGAACAUUGGUGCUCGAUGCUGCUGGUUUCUAUCCAAUUGAUCUAUUGCUACACUUCUUCAUCUGUGGAAAAUACGAAAAUACAUCAGUGUGUUGAAGUUCAUGAGUUCUAGGAGAAAGAGCUCUGUAUUUGAACAUAUUGAGAGAUGGCAUCAUAGUUGGUUUCCUUUCUCAAUUGCGUAUAUUCCAAAGCAAUUCAUGCCCUGAGCUGAUCAUGGAAUGUUGUCAAACAUUUGAACUUUUUGGGUGUUUAUUGAGUAUGGAAAUGUUAGAAACUAUUAUGUGGAGUUUGAAAUAGUGUUAUGUUGUUAUUUAUGGUCUGAGUUUCAAAUUGAGCCAAGAGAAGGAAGAACACUACUAUUUUAUCAGACAUGAGAUGUUGGAAGCUACUCCGUAUAAUAGAUGACUAUGCAAAAGGAUUUGAAGAAACAGCUUCUAGUCAAUGGUUCAAUUAAAUUAACAUUCAAGCAUCAAGUAAGCGUAUGUUACAAGGGCUCAAAACUCUUUUAAUUGCUCCCUUCCGAAGAUUCCUAAGCAUUCCUGCUAUCAGCUGAUAUUAAUCAAAAGUUGAUAAAAUGUACUCUUGGACGGAAUGAGCUUUGUUUCUCUGGACAAACUUUUAUAGCCACAUAUUCAGAAUCCUCUCACACUUUCGUGACAAUCAAAAGUUAACUCUACAGAUGAACUUCACCAUGAGAGAUUAUUUGGGCCGUAACAUAUCUAAAUUUAGAUGACAUUUCCAAGAAACUAUUGGAGCGUAUCAUAUCUCCCAUUGCGAUGGCAAAUGAAUAUAUACUCCAUGAGUUUUCAAAACCAAAGAUCAAGAGCUUGGUCGCUUGAAUGAAGUACAACAAUAAUUCUCUUUGUAAUCUUUUGGAUGAGGGUAACACAUAGGCUUGCCUUGUCUGGUACAUGCCUCUACACGAAGCUCCUCUCUUCUAUGAGUUGGGGCUUCAAUAUUUUGCACUUCAAUUCACAUGCCUUAACAAUGGAUCGAUCUGGACCGCAGUUCAAUAUACCAAGUCCAGAACGGGUGCUCUUUCCAAUCAUCCAAAUGUUCAACCGUUCAUCCCGGGUAUCAACAAAUGGAUGGUGAAGAACAGUGUUUCAUUUCUGGGAAAUGGUGAACUUGCCUGCAGAGGUGAGUGAUACCACUUCAGAAUGUUGUGAAGCAACACAAAAGCAAAUGCGAACCCUUGCAGUGUGCAUGAUGAGGUUCAAUGCCAAACCCUGGUUUGCUGUGUAUUCAUGUCAUAAUUUAUUGAUAUUAAAUAUUUCUGAUUUCUUCAACAUAUGAUUUUAUAUUAAAGACGCACAGAUUGAAUGAAGGUGCCUUUUAAGA